AUGUCUUCUCAUCAAGAGAUAAUAGCAAAUAAACGUUUUGAUUCGAUACAGGAAAGCAACCAAGAGGCUUCACUUGUAGAAUCAGAUCUUAGUGGGUAUAAUACUCCAAAGUUUAAUAAGAGUAGUACCGUAAACACUGCAAUGACUUCAACAGCUCUUACGUUCUCUAGAAGUCAGAACAACAAUGAAACAAAUCAUUUAGAGCAGAAUUUCCAACAUUUUGAGUCACUUAAGAAUCUUGAUAAAGAGGAGCAAUUACCUCCAGAAGCUUUAGUUGACUUCCAAAGACAGAUUAAUGUGGGUCAUAAACCUCAAACUAAAGAGGGCAAAAUCUUUUCUCCAUCAAGUAGAAAGCAAAGAUUUGAGACUUGAAAUGUUAACCAGAAAUGUCUUGAAGCUCCUAUAACUGCAAGGAAUAAUGUCAUUGUUCCUGAAUUUCAUCUGUCUAAACCCAAAUUCAAGAAGUUAUUAAGAGUAAAAUCAAACGACAGCCUGAUUCCUCCAAAGAUGAAAAAGUUUAUCAGCAUUGAUAAAAUUAAACUUAGCCAAGAAGAUCCAGAGAAAUUCUUCAAGGAAAAUUCCAAACCUCUGGGGAAGAAGAUGGAAGAGGGAGAUAAUUCUAAAUUCAGGCUCUCUAGGCAGUUCAUGGACUUCUUAUCUGCAUCAGAGUUUAACAACAAAUGAUCUAUCCAUCCUGGGACUCAUAGAUCAAGAGAUAAGAACCAGAAAACGACAGGGGCUAAUGGUUCGUACCUGAAGAACUCCAUGAAACUUAAGCUUCCAAUGAAACCUUCUGGGAGUUCUAAACACAACAUAGCAGGAAGUAGUCAGAGGAAAUGAACUUUGCUGAGUAAAAUAUACCCAAAAGAAGCCCAACUAGAGCAUUCUAGGAAAAAGCCCCAUCGAACAAGGAGCCAUGACCCUACUAGCUGCAUGCGGAUUAGAGGAAGCAUCCAAGUUGAAGAGAAUACUCAAAAGUUUUCUAUUGAUUUUAAACCUAGGACUAACAGCGAGAGGAGGAAGAGGAUCAGGACUGACGCUAAUGUAAUCAAGCCUAACUUCUUGCCAAAGAUUCAUUCUCAGAGGACUUUGAUCAUCCCUAAAGAGAAGAAACUUAAAUGAAAUAAAAUUAAACUUAUGAAUCUUAACUUUCAGGAAAAAUUGAAGCGUAACCAGGAUGGUAAACCUGAAAUAGUCAUGGAGCCUCAUUUUCAAUCUGCUCUCUUCAAUAUUUUACCUCCUGGAACGCCUUUUGAUAGCCAUAUGGUUUUGAGUCCGAUGAUGAGCAAAAUGUGAAGUCCUGAGAGAAACUCAUUUGCAGACUCUUGUGCAAAAGUUAGCAAAUGUAUGAGAACCAAUGAGAAAAAUAUUAUGAUGAAGCAAUUUAGUGAAAAGAAGCCUCCACUUAGAGAUCAAAGAUAUCCGUCUACCAGAGUUUCAAGGAAAAUGUCUUCAAGAAAUCUAAAGCAUCAUGAAAAAUACAGGUUUGAUGCAUUUUCACAAGAGGCUAAAGAGCCUUUAAACCGAAUAGAAUCUAAUGGAUCUCUUCUGAGAAAUAGUCGGUUUAGUUAUUCACAUAAUACUGUGCGUCAGGAAUCCACUCAAAAUCCCCAACAGGCUCAAAAGACUCAAAAGUUUGAAAACCCUUUUAACGUUCACAAGAAGAAGCCUAAGAUAAUGAUAAAGCUAUUAUCAAAGAAGAUGAUGAAGAAGAAGUCUGGAUAAAAAUAAUUAUGUUGAUGAUCUAAUGAAUAUUCUU